AUUUUUAUGAUCUAAUAAUAAUCUAGAGUUUGAAUUGUAUUUUGUAGACUUGUAUCAGUAUUUGACCAUUUCAACACAAUUAAAUUGCUGCCAAAUUAAUUAGGAUUCUAGGUAGGAUAACGCGUUAUAAAAAUCAUGUGCACGGUCAUCCUCCUAUAUAAGCGUCAUCUCGUUCAAUAACUUCAAUCAUCAAAAAAACUACUAAUCAUCUUUCCAUAUAAUAAAAAAAUUAAAGUAUCAUUCAAUAAAUAAAAAAAAUGGUGUCUAAAGGGGAUCAAAGCUAGCACCCUCUUCAUGUUGUUAGCUAUGAUCACUCUCGUAAAAUCGCGAGGGAUCAUAGCAGUUGAUUACACGGUUACAAACAAUGCAGCCUCCACCAACGGUGGCACAAUCUUCGCCAACCAAGUUGGCGAGGACUAUGCGAGACAAACACUCGCGAGUGCCACUGACUUCAUUUGGCAAACCUUCCACCAAAACACGGAUGCUGACCGUAAGCAAGGUAUAGACCAAGUUAGUCUAACCAUAGUGCCAAGCUUAAACGUGGUAGCCCAAACUAGCAACAAUGAAAUCCAAUUUUCUGCUCAAUAUUUAGGGAGUUAUUCAGGUGAUGUGAAAACCGAAUUUACCGGGGUAAUUUACCAUGAGAUGACCCAUGUUUGGCAAUGGAAUGGUAAUGGUCAGGCUAACGGGGGGUUAAUUGAAGGCAUUGCUGAUUAUGUGAGGUUGAAGGCUGGCUACAUCGCGAAUGGGUGGGCGCAACCAGGGGGUGGAAACCGAUGGGACGAAGGUUAUAGCACCACGGCUAGGUUCUUGGACUACUGUGAGAGUUUGAUUGGUGGAUUUGUUGCUCAACUUAACUUGAAGAUGAAAGAUGGUUAUAGUGAUAGUUUUUUUGAGGAUAUGUUAGGUAAAAGUGUGGAUCAACUUUGGUCUGAUUAUAAGGCCAAGUAUGGGAAUUAGUUUUACUAUGGAAUGAACCAAUUAUGAAACAUACGUAUGUAUACUUCAUUUGUUCGAAAUUAAUUGUCAUGCUGAUAGUUUAAUUAAUUUGUACUAAUAGCAUGAUAGUGAAAUCUAGACAGAUGUAGUAUAUAUUAAAACUAUUAUGUUGUACUUAAGUGGUGAUUAUUUUUCAUUAUAGUCCCACUAAUAAAUUCUACAAAAAUUUCGUUUUGGCCAAUAAGUAUAAGGUUUUGUGGCAGCAUGCAUUGACUUAUAUUGCUAGUGGUAGAACAAAUUAAAUAGAGUUGAUAAAGAAAAAAAUCAGCUAGAAUCAAGUGGAAGCUUAGCUUAACGGUAGAGUUUAUCUCACCUUUGCAUUAUGAGGUUGGGGGCUUAAUUUUCCAU